AUGCGGGCCAGCGCCAAUGGAGCCACCGGGGAGGCGGACGAGUCCACAGCUGCGGCCUCGCUGCCUCGGGGCCUGGGCUAUUUAAAUCUUCCAAUGGCUCACUCCCCGGGACUGGAGGAAUCUGGGAAAUGUAGUCCUCCCGCUGCCCUGGCCCAGAGGCCCCCAGACGCAGGCCCUGAACUAACCCCUGCUCUUACCAGGUUCCCUCGGAGCAGCGCAGCAUGGACCCGGAACAUGACCAUUGUCACCGGCGUCACUGCAAGGACAGCGGGUGCUAGGGACAGCUACUCCAGGUCCAGCUGGGAGCUCCCGGACCUCCAGGAGGGCAAGAUCGAGGCCAUCAGUGACUCAGACGGGGUGAACUACCCCUGGUACGGCAACACCACGGAGACGUGCACCAUCGUGGGCCCCACCAAGAGAGACUCCAAGUUCAUCAUCAGCAUGAACGACAACUUCUACCCCAGCGUCACAUGGGCCGUGCCCGUCAGUGAGAGCAACGUGGCCAAGCUGACCAACAUCUACCGGGACCAGAGCUUCACCACGUGGCUGGUGGCCACCAACACCUCGACCAAUGACAUGAUCAUUUUGCAGACGCUGCACUGGCGUAUGCAGCUCAGCAUCGAGGUGAACCCCAACCGGCCCCUCGGCCAGCGCGCCAGGCUGCGGGAGCCCAUCGCCCAGGACCAGCCCAAGAUCCUGAGCAAGAACGAGCCGAUACCGCCCAGCGCCCUGGUCAAGCCCAAUGCCAACGACGCUCAGGUCCUCAUGUGGCGGCCCAAGUACGGGCAGCCGCUCGUGGUGAUCCCGCCCAAGCACCGGUAA